AUGUUUCGCUCCAGUAUGAACGCCGCCACCAGCUACAACUCUUCAAUGAGUCCUGCUGAAAUUAUGAACAAGGAAAUCCCUAUGUUGAGGUAUUCCUUGGUAGGCCAUACAGGAGUCAUAAAAAUUCAAAAGAGAAAAUCACCAAUAUAUUUCGCCAGACUCGCUUGUUGCUAUACUCCAAGCUCUCUAAGGAAAUCCAACAGUGCAUCAAACAAUGUCGCUUCUCUGAGAAACGGCUCUGUUAGUAAUGUGUCUUCCAGCCCAACCACUCCGAAUAGCAAAAACGGCCAAUAUAAACCUCUAAAUAGCCAACCGUCAGUUGACCCUGAAUAUGCUGUCGCUCGAUUAUUGGAGCUUUUAAAUACUGAUGACGAGGAAGUAGUAGUAUUGACUCUUGAAGCGAUAGUUAUCACCUUGAUAGAUAAAAAGAAGUACAUAGGAACAUUUAUCAAAGCUGGCCUUUUAUCAAGCAUUUCCAAAAGUAUUUCUUCUCAAGUAGAUUUAAUUCGAAUCUUUUCCUGUCAAACAAUAUCUCUAAUAGCGAAAUGCUAUAAAAAUAUCGAAGCGGUCACCAAGAAUUUUUUGAUUAGACCUUUAGUGGAAUUACUUCAAGAUGAAUCUAAUGAAGUGGUAUUACAGGCAAUUUUUGCCAUUUACAAUAUUGCUAACGGUAAUGAAACUCAAAAGCAAAUCUUGAUUAAAAUUGGGACAGUUUCUUCAAUAUUGAUUUUGCUAGCUUCCGGCAAUGAGUUGAUCCACAAAUUUUCCCUUGGAACUUUGGCUCACUUGGCUAGUGGAAAUGUCUUUCAAAAGCAAACUUUGAUUGAAUCUUCAGUUUUAAUAAGCAUAUCGAAGUUUCUUGGACCGGAUAACGACGAUGCAAUUAUUAUUGAAACUUUGAAAGUAUUGGUUAAUAUUGCAAAAGGAACAAACGAUCAGAAGCAAGAAAUAAUUGAUAACACUUACCUAAAGCAAGUGGUUCCCUUGUUUGAAUCUUCCAAUGAACUGCUAUUGAGAAAGACCAUUCAAUUAAUCCAACAUUUGGCGAAUGGUAGUGUGGCUCAAAAGCAAGUUUUAUUAGACAAUGAUGUUGUUCCCCAUAUUUUAACAUUCAUCACUUAUAAUGACAACAUCAUCCGGUUAUACGCUCUAGAAUGUGUUUCUAAUCUUUCAAAGGGAAAAAAAUCUCAAAAGAAAUUUUUGGCGGAAAAUAUGAUUUUACCAGUGAUUAACACCAUGAUAUUAUCAAGAGAUACGACUUUCCAAAAGCAGUCGUUACAAAUAAUUCAAAACUUUUCGGAAGAUAGCAGCUCACUUAAACAAAGUUUAAUUGAUUCUGGGAUUUUAAAAACCUUAAUUACUCUCAUAAACUCCAACAGUACAGGUAUCAAAAAUAGAGUGAUAAAAAUUUUUGAAAAUGUUUCUACUGGAAACAUGGGCCAAGUUCAAUACUUGGUUGAUGUGGGGUUAAUUUCUAAUAUUCCAACAAUUAUGAAGAAUUCUGGUAGUUCUAUCAAGAAACAUUGUCUAAUUAUUUUGAGUAAUAUUGUCAAUAAUAAUGACAUUUACGGCAAGCAAAUUGUUAUUGAUUGUGGGAUCAUGAGCUACUUGAAGAAAUAUUUAGUGACAUCCACUGAAUAUUAUAAACCAGAAGUCAUCAAUACUACUUUUCAAAUCUUGACUGGUGUUAGUGCUGGUGAUAAUAAUCAAAAACAAGUAAUUAUCGAUUUAGGUUUAGUGAACGUAUUUCUACCACUAUUAAAUAACGUUAAUGAAACUAUUACUACCAUGUCCUUAACAGUUAUAAAUAAUGUUGCCAAGGGAACUGAUUCUCAAAGACAACAUAUUGUUGACACUGGGAUUUUAACAUCACUACCUCCAUUAUUGUUCUCCUUGAAUGAGGUCAUCAAGAAUUUAACCAUUGAAAUCUUGGCGUCUAUUGCCAAAGGCGAUGAAUUUAAUAAACAGGCAAUUUUGGAUAUUGGGGCCAUUGAAUUGAUCAAGCCAAUAUUGUUAAAAUCAAAGGAGGACUUGGAAACCAAGAAGGCAAUUCUAUCAAUGAUUUAUAGAUUAACUGAAGGCACAGAGCACCAAAUUAAGGCAUUGGUAUAUUCAGGUAUUUUCAAGCUAUUAUACCCGCUAGUCAAACUACAAGAUAAAGAAAUCAUUAACAUAUUGGUUUGUUGUGUUGAGAAUGUUAUUUUCCAAUUUUGUUAUGUGAAAAACUUUGUGAGAAUUUCAUUACCCAUCAUUUUCGAAGGGAUCCGACUAUUGGAUGAUGAAAUAACUAUUCAUUGUCUAUCUGCAAUUUCCAAUAUGACAUUCAGCGUGGAAGGCCAAAAUGAGGUGCUUCAAUAUGGUUUGCUUCAGGUUGUGCAAUAUUUACUUGAUUCUACAAAUGAGCAAAUAAAGCACGAAAUAGGGAAAAUCUUUAUCAACAUUAGUGCUGGAGAUCAAUCUAAAAAGCAAGCAUUGAUUAAUCUCAAUUUACGCUCAAUUUUUGGUCCACUCCUUGCGGCAAUCGAUAUUAAUACUGUUUGUGAUACAGUUUGGGCAAUUGAAAAUUUGAGUAAAGGCCAUGAAAGACAAAAACAAAUUAUCGCGGAAUCUGGAAUUCUAGAGUUGAUCUUACCAUUUGUUUCAUCACCAAAUUACGACUUGAAAUCAAGAACUUUGUCCAUAUUUGCCAAUCUAUCUGAAGGUAACUCCAUAUUGAAGCAGUGUCUUAUUGACUGCAAUGUUGUGUCAGUUGUUAAACCUUUGGUGCUUAUGUUCAGCGACAAUCACCUAAAGAAGGAAAUCAUGAAAAUGGUUGCCAAUAUUUCUACUGGAUCAGAUGAACAAAAGAAUUAUUUGAUCAAGAUCGGAUACAUCGACAUUUUGGUUCCAUUAUUGGUAUUGGGUGAUGAAAAUAUCAAACAAUUGGCCACAUUGACAUUGAGCAAGUUAUCACCAAAGUUGGAUUGUUUACAAAAGCAAUAUUUAAUUGAUUCCGGAGUGCAAGAAUUAUUAGAGCCUUUAUCUAAGGACUCUAAGAGCUCGAGAACUAAACGUUUUUCACAGGACGCGAUGUCCCAUAUCUUGCCAAAGACCAAAGAAACUGUCAUCAUUAUUUGA